AAGGUGAGGGACGCUUUGGAGGAGAAAGGCAACGCAGCGAGCUAAACACAAUGGCGACGUCGGCGACAGCAGCAGGCGGGACGGGCUCAGGCGGAGGAGCGGCGGGUCUGGUCGGCGGCGGAACGGCGGUAGCCCGAAAGAAAGACGGCGGUCCUUCUACGAAAUUUUGGGAAAGUUCGGAAACGAUUUCUCAGCUUGAGACGGUGCGACUUUGGAUCGGAAAGCACUACAAGAAGCAUGUCCAGAAUGACUCUCCAUCCAGUAAGUCCCUGGCUGGCCUGGUGGUCCAACUGCUUCAGUUUCAAGAGGAUGCGUUUGGACGCAGGGUCAACAAUCCUCCUCUUACCAAGCUACCUGCCAAAUGUUUCCUUGAUUUCAAGGCAGGAGGAACUCUCUGUCACAUCUUGGGAUCAGUAUACAAGUAUAAAAGUGAGCAGGGCUGGAGGAGAUUUGACCUGCAGAAUCCGUCUCGGAUGGACCGGAAUGUGGAAAUGUUCCUAAAUGUUGAAAAACACCUGGUCCAGAAUAACUGCCUGACACGGCCCCUCGUCUACCUGUCACCAGAAAUUGAGCAGAAGCAGGUCAGCAAACUCAAAGACAUCAUCAAGAGGCACCAGGGUUCAGUCACUGAUGACAAGUCAAAGGCAACUCAUCACAUUCACCCAUCUUUGACACAGCAGGAAGACGAGGAGUGGCUGCGUCCGGUCAUGAGGAAGGACAAGCAGGUCCUUGUUCACUGGGGCUUCUACCCAGACAGCUAUGAUACAUGGGUAUCCACUGGUGAGGUGGAUGGUGAUGUGGAAGAUCCUCCCAGCUCUGAGAAACCCUGGAAGGUUCAUGCCAAGUGGGUUUUAGACACAGAUGCCUUCAAUGAGUGGAUGAAUGAGGAAGACUAUGAGCUGGACGAAAACAAAAAGCCUGUCAGCUUCCGACAGAAAAUCUUCCCCAAAGAGGAGGAGUCUUCCCGUACACCCGAUCGCAAGGAGCGCAAGGCAAACUCUGCUGGCAAGAAGAGGAGACGCUCGCCCUCGCCGCCCAGCACUCCAGCCGAGUCCCGAAAAAAAGGAGGAAAGAAGGGGAACCCAGGGCCUCACUGGAAGCGACGGGGACACAGAGGAGAGGAAGAGGACACUGAGGAGGACAUGACGAAGGACAUGGAUGACUCCUCUGCCGGCGCCAGCAUGGAGGAUGGUGUGUCCAAGAAUGCUAAUUCAAAAAAAGACAGUGAAAAUACUCCAGUCAAGGGAGGGAAUAUGGCAGAUUUGGAUGACAUGGAGGAUGAUUCGGUGCUGUCCGGUGGAAAGGAUGAUGAUGAACAAGGCAAAGGAGAAGUCAAUCGGAUGGAUGCUGGAGAGGACAAUGUAACUGAGCAGACUCAUCACAUCAUCAUUCCCAGUUAUGCUGCCUGGUUCGACUACAACAGCAUCCAUGAGAUUGAGAGGAGAGCUCUUCCAGAGUUCUUUAAUGGAAAGAACAAAUCCAAAACUCCAGAAAUAUAUCUGGCCUAUCGUAACUUCAUGAUUGACACUUAUCGGCUGAACCCUCAAGAGUACCUGACCUCCACUUCCUGUCGCAGAAACCUGACUGGGGACGUCUGUGCCAUCAUGAGGGUUCAUGCAUUCCUGGAGCAGUGGGGUUUGGUAAAUUACCAGGUGGAUGCUGAGAGUCGGCCGUUACCCAUGGGCCCCCCUCCCACGCCCCACUUCACUGUGCUGGCUGACACUCCCUCUGGCCUCAUUCCCCUCAACCACCGGCCUCCACCUAUUCCUCCUCCUCAGCCAAUGCCCAACUUUGCAGAUAAGUCUAAAGACAAAGCAAUUGACUUGCAGAACUUUGGCCUCCGCCCUGACCUCUACAAGAAAAACGCCAAACAGGGAAAGGGAGGCGGUACCACCAGAGAAUGGACUGAGCAAGAGACUCUACUACUGCUUGAGGCCCUGGAAAUGUUUAAAGACGACUGGAACAAAGUGUCGGAGCAUGUUGGUUCACGCACCCAAGAUGAAUGUAUCCUGCACUUCCUGCGGCUGCCCAUUGAAGAUCCUUACCUCGAGAGCACAGAAACGUCUCUGGGCCCUCUGGCCUACCAGCCCAUUCCCUUCAGCCAGUCCGGAAACCCAGUAAUGAGCACAGUCGCCUUCCUGGCCUCUGUGGUGGAUCCCAGAGUGGCAUCUGCUGCAGCCAAGGCAGCUUUAGAGGAGUUUUCUCGCGUGCGUGAGGAAGUUCCUGCUGAGUUGGUGGAAGCUCACGUCAAGAAGGUCCAGGAGGCAGCAAGGAGCACCGGCAAGGUGGACCCCACCUUCGGCCUGGAGAGCAGCGGCAUCGCAGGAACCGCACCGGAGGAGCCCGAAAAAACAGAAACCGCAGAACCAGAAAAGAUGGAAACAGAUUCGGACUCCCAACAGGCUGAUAAGGCUGAGAUGAAGGACGAGGCGGAAAAGCCCAGUGAGUCGGCAGAGAAAAGCGACAAGACGGAGAGCACGGAAAAGGUGAAGAAGGAGGGAGCAGAGGGAUCAGAGCAUGAACAGGAGAAGGAGGAAGAAGGAGAGACCAAAACAGCUUCAGCAGAUAAAGAUAAGGAUGAAACUAUGGACACCUCAUCUUCAGACCAAGAGAAGGAAAAAGAGGAGAAGACAGCUACCGAGGAGGGAGAGGAAAAGCAGAAGAAGUUGGAGCAUGACAUUGGAGAGGGAAACAUCGCUACAGCGGCCGCUGCUGCUCUCGCUUCUGCAGCCACCAAAGCCAAGCACUUGGCAGCAGUUGAAGAAAGGAAAAUUAAGUCCCUGGUUGCUCUGCUAGUGGAAACCCAGAUGAAGAAGUUGGAAAUCAAGCUGAGGCACUUCGAAGAGCUGGAGACCAUCAUGGACCGCGAAAAGGAAGCUCUGGAGCUUCAGCGGCAGCAGCUCCUCACCGAGCGCCAGGCGUUCCACAUGGAGCAGCUAAAAUACGCUGAGAUGAAGGCCAGACAACAGAUGGAGCAGCAAGCCGCCGCCGCUGCUGCUGCAGCCGCCCAGGCUCAAGGUCAGGGCUCUGGACCUGGACCCCACCCCGGUCCCCCUCCACACGGUAUGCAUCACGGCGGACCCCCGCCCCACCACGGCGGCCCUCCUACUGCUCACCAUGGAGGACCACCGCCCCACCACGGCGGGCCUCCUCCCCACCUUGGAGGACCGCCACCAGGUGCUGCAAUGCAUCCUGGGUUCCCUCCAAUGGGCCACCAUCCCAUGGCCCCCCACCACCCAGGACAGACAGGACCGAUGGAACCGGGUCAGCCCAUGCCAGGACGGAUGCUGUCCGCUCCGCCUUCUGCCGGACCGCCACCAGGGGGCAUGCCUCCCAUGAUGCCCCCACGUCACCCUGGAGCCCCCAAUGGCAUGUAUCCUGGCCCCCCACCUGCACAACCAGAGGCGAUUCCUCCAGCUCCUGUGGCUCCUCCAGCGCCCCCAAGUGGCCGGGUGUCUGACAAUUAAGACGUACAAACAGAAAAAGCACACGUGCAUAAAGCUAAAACUCUGUCUCUGACUUUUGCUUGUUGCUACGUUUUUCUCCUUCACAUUCAAGCAACCAUAAACUUUACUCCCCCUGACACACAGACCCAGAACUCUGGGAUCCAAAUUCACAAACACACAUGCAGACUUCCUCUCAGGGCACAGCGGCGAGGUUCAUCUAGUAAUAAACACUGUUUUACACUCUGUCGAGUAACAGCGAGGCUGAAGACAACAAUCCUGUGUAUAGAAAACCAAACAAGGAGACAGAAAAUAUUUUUGAAAAAUCCUCCUUUUUCAGCUUCUUAUUUUGUUCGAAUGACACUGUAACGCUUUCCAGAGUAACAAAAACAACCCCAUGCUCUCCUGUUCCCCGUUUCCUUAAGCGAUAAACCCCUAGAGGAGGCUUGUUGGGCCAGACAGCCAGUCUGUGUGCUGAGUAGCCUGAGCUGUGACAUGUGAGUGGAUCCAGCCUGCCCUCACUCCUGCUGAGUAUCUACCUCUCGCUCUUCUUUUUAAAUGAUACACUGUAGCUCUGUGUGUGUGUGCGCCUGGAAGACAGAUGGAGGCUUGAAUUUGGUCUGUGAAGUUACAGAAAUUUACAAUAGAGACAAAAAGUUACGAUUUACCUUCAGACGAAAAGCCUUCUAGGUCAAAUGUUGCUGGAAAGACUGUUAUGUUUCUGAUGAGGUUCUCCCAAACAAAGCUGGUAGGUGUAAUAUGUUUAGUCUUUAAUAGCUUUUAUGUUGCAGAUUAAAGAAAAUAUCAGAAAAUUAUGCAGGAAUCUUCUAAAUGCGUCACAUUUUAGCUGCUUUGAUCAGUUUCUACAAACAAGAUGGCAGCAUUCUUCUUUUUAAGUUAAACUAAACACCUGCCUUGCUCUGAUCUUAUGUCAUAAAUAUAUUUGAUGCUGUUAGGAAGCUACUUCCAGGUGCAGGCUGACCUCAUUUUACUUCAAAUACAAUAGCAGCAGCAACAAAAUAUGAAUAAAUAAAGCUUAGAAAUCCGAAGCUGAAGUAUUUCUUAAUUUUUUAUUUUGUUUAAAUAUAGAAUUUUGUUACAGAUCUGAUCGGGCCGCCAAAGGAUUCACAGACUGUAAACAUCCGUUCUUCUGUCUCAGCUCCCAGAGCGCGAAAACGCACAGAGAAAUGUAAGCUAAGCUCAGGCAAACACUGGAGGCUGCAUGCACACACCCACAUCUUGGUUAAAACCUGGCACUGACCCUCUAACAAACACACACACACACACACACACAAAUCCUCUGCUGACCUUCACACAGUGAGAGACGCUGCGUUUCUGCUCGAACGAGACGGUGCCGAUUCUGUAGCUAUUCGACCCUCCUCUUCCUCUGCUCCUUUUCCUCACGCCUAGCACUGCCUACCUCGCUAACACCUCCUCCUCUUCCGUUUCUCACUUUUCACAAAUCGCCGUAAAGCUCUGCAAUAUUCUGCAAUCUGUGGUCGAAACAAAGAAAAACAAAUGAUGUGUUGAUUCUUGAAAUUUCUGUUGAUGCAGUCCAGUAGUACCCUCUUGUUUGGUUGAAAAGAAUAUUGUCGAAAUGUGACGUUAAACUUCGGCUUCACUUCACCAAUAGCCAAAACUAUAAACAAACGUUUCUGUUUGCAAUUACUCCUAACGACCAUCGCUGUUGUUUUUCCCUGACCAUUGUCUCGGUUGUCGGUAUUUAAGCCUAUAGAUGUAAAAUUUGAUCUGUUUUGCAUAUGAUAACUGCUUCCUGUGUACAAGUUCUUUAAUAUAAAAUAAGUCACAAGUUCACACAAGUUACUACUAAACCCAAAAACGGUACCUUAACUUCAAACUGUUCCUAUUUCCUUUAUAGCGCUGUCGGUGUCUCUGCUACCUCUUCCUCUUUCAUCUGCUAGCUACCUCUUCUAGAAAUCUUCCUCUUGCUCUCUGCUACCUCUCGCACCCUUUAGCUACCUCUUGUUAGCCUUUUCUUUCCUUUUUUAGUCUUUGUUUUUGAGUGCUGCCCACAUGACUGCUGUCACCGCUGCCCUCUUCUCCCAGGCUGCAGGAAGAAGAAAACGCAAACAUUCGUUCAUCGCGCUCUCAUUCACCGUGCCCUCUUUGUUUGUUUGUUUUUUCCUGUGUUAACAUCUAACUAGAUGUGUGAUUUAUCUUCACUUAAACAUGACAUGAUUCCCUUCUUACAUAUAUUAUCUUUUAUGGAUGCUUUUUUUGUGUUAAUGGUAAUGUAUUUUUAAAGAGAAGUUUUGUGUAGAUGGAAGUUUUCUCUGUUUGUAGCAUUUGUUUUGUUUUUAUUUUUAUUUUGUAUGGGGUCUGUUGGUACUUGGACCUAGACACUGUCAAAUAAACUGUUUUCUAAUAAUC